CUUACUUGUUAAUUUGUGGAAUGAAUAUUUCGGUUCAGUUGAAAAAGUUCGUUGACUUGAUUACGUACAUUGCAGUGUUUUGUGCGCAUGCGUCUUUUAAAGUCAUAAAAAGUCACGCUCACUUUAUGGAGAACUGUUACUACGCAUGCGCCAAAUUCGUACGAAAUUUAAAAAUAAUUUAAUAUACAUGUGAAUAUCGUUUUAUGUUAAAUAAUAUAACAAUCUGAUGCCAACUAUGAGAAAUUUGGUACAGAAAUUAAAUCUUGAAUUUACAAGUUAUUAGAUUUUUUGUUUAUAAUCAAAGCUACCAUUAUAAUAUCAUUUAAAAUUUUAUGUAUAGAGUUUUACGCAACCGAUGUAACAACCACAGCGAGCAUAAUUCUAUACAUAUAUACUUGUCAUAAUUGUUUAAGUACACUGUCAACUAUGACCUCGUUUAUCAAUUAAUACAGAUAAACAACCCACAAAUUGAUAUGUAUUAUCCCUACCAUCAGCCUCAGUGUCACGAGAUCUUUCGAUUCGAGAGUCUAAAGAAUUAUUGGCAAGAAUACUCUACGUUUAUAAAAGUCUGUUAUUUACUUGUUAUACGCAACGCUCUUUGAUCUUUUGCAUAUUUAUUAUAUGUAAAGUAUAAAUUGUUUAUCAGUUGAUACAGUGGUUAAUACAAAAGAAAUAUUAACAUGUUUUAUGAACAGCAAAGUUCUUCAAACCUUUCUGACAAUUUCAAAAUCAACCAUAUUAUCGAUCUUCGAAGUGAUACUUUAACAAAGCCAACACGGAGAAUGAGAGAAGCAAUGCACAACGCAGUAGUUGGUGAUGACGUUUUUCACGAAGAUCCAACAGUUAAAAUACUAGAACAGAAGGCAGCUAGCCUGGUGGGAAUGGAAGCAGCGAUAUUCGUGCCCACUGGAACAAUGGGAAACUUGAUUGCCAUCAUCAACCAUUGCGAUGUCAGAGGAAGUGAAGCAUACUGUGGCUCAGGAUGUCAUGCUUUGCUCCAUGAACAAGGUGGUGCAGCCCAAGUAGGAGGCGUGAAUCUUAGAGCUUUGCAAAACAAUCCUGAUGGUUCCUUUGACAUUCAUGAACUGGCAUGCAAACUUAGAAAGGACAGAGACCAUGAGCCAAUUUCAAAAUUGGUCCUAGUAGAAAACACAAUCAGUGGAAAAAUAGUUCCCCAUAGUUGGAUUACAAAACUAGUUGCUUUCUGUAAGGACCAUAAUCUGAAGUUACACAUGGAUGGAGCGAGACUCUUUCAUGCAAGCGUAGGAUCUGGGAAGUCUGCUGCAGAAAUUGUUGCAGGCUUUGACUCUGUAAGCUUCUGUCUCAGUAAAGGUUUAGGUGCCCCUGUCGGUUCCAUGCUCUGUGGGGGUAAGGAGUUUGUCAAGAAAGCCAGGAGGGUGAGGAAGGUGCUGGGAGGGGGAAUGAGACAAGUUGGUGUCUUAGCAGCAGCUGGAUUAGUGGCUCUUGAAGACUCGAUUCCAAUCUUGAAAGAGGACCACAGAAGAGCCUCCCUCUUAGCCAAAUCGAUAAAAGCAACUGCAUCAAGUAUCACAUUUCAAGGACGACCAAUGUUUUCAUUAGAUUUAGAGACAGUACAGGCGAAUAUGGUUUUCGUUGAGGUUGAUGCAAGUAUCAAUGCCGCGAAAUUUGCAAAACGUCUACGAAACGUUUGCAACGACGAUGAAGACGAUAAAGUAAUCGUCAAAUGCUUGGCUUUAAACGAUUCGAUUGUCAGGUUUGUAUUAUAUCAUGAAAUUACGGAUGAACAGUUGUGUUUGGCCAUCAAGAAGAUUAGGUAUGUCAUGGAGAAUAUGCUACACUGAUCGGUGUUCAGAAAUUAUUGUUACAUAGUAUAUACUGAAUAUGUAAGUGUUUUUAAAGUUAAGUUUCAAGUUAAUAAAAUAAAAAUUAGAAUACUUCA